AUGGAAGAAAACAGCUCCCAGGCUCAACAACCGAGUAGCCAAGCUGAAAAUGCUGAUAACGCAUCACAGUAUGAUGCAAUCGAUACGUUAAAUCGAUUAUCAGAGCUUAUCAAAGUUUUUGAACCUUUAUCUGAUAUACUUUCCAUUAAAAUGGAAACAAUCAAGCUCUCUUCAGCCAUAUUUACUAAGAAUACAGCCAAUAUCGAAGAGCGAAACUCAGAUUUUCAGAAAAAAUCUGAAAUCAAAUCAAGAAAAAUCCGAAAAUUAUCAGAGUACGCCUCUAAACUACUCGAACAUACUAAUACCUAUCACAAAAAAGAGGUCGAACUUCAAGCAGAAGUCGAAGAACAAGAAGCAAAGUUUAAAGAUUUGAAAUCAAGCGUAGACAACCUCCAGGAUACGAUCAAUCGCAACUACAAUGAUAUAUUUGUAACAAAUAAUAUCAUUGGCGAGGUUUCUCGCUCGAUUUCCGAAUCAAUUUUAUCAAAAAAUAAUAUUUCUGAGGACAUCGUUAAGAACAACGCCAAUACUACCAAAGCCAAAGAAGAACUGACAGAUAUAAACUCAAAGAUCAAAGAUCUCGUCAAUUCUCUGCAAAAACAAGAAAAUGAAAAACAAGAUCUUGAAAAUCAACUGAAUCAAAGGCGUUCCCAGCUCAGAUCAGCCAAACUCAGCCUUACUACUGAUGAAACCAGCGCCAAAUCCAUAAGCCAGAAGCUACAACAGACAAUUUCGGAAAUUCCAAAUCUCCAAAACCGUUUAAACGAAAUUGUAGCACUCCAGAACGAGAGAAUUGCAUUGCAAGAAGGAUUCCAGAACGAAAUCACCGAAGUCAAAGAGUCUACUGAUAAAUUAGAAAAAGAAAUUUCAAAAUUACAAAAAAUCAAUGAAGAAAGGACCAAAACUAAUCAAGAAAUGAACCAAAAAGUUACUGAUCUCGAUACUCAUCUCAAUGAAAUCCAAGAAGAGCAAAAAUCUUCAGAUGAAAAUUUGGAUAAAAUUAUUCAAAAAUUCCAAGAGAUGAAAGAGUCACAUGAUGCAAAGAUGUCCCAAAUAAACGCGUACAUCGAGUCAAUCAGAAUCAAAUCUGCUUCUUUAGAGCAAGAAAUAGCUUCAUUUGACUCUUCAAAGCCAACGAGCACCGAAAUUAAACAGGAACCGAAGAAGACACAAACUACUCGAUCAAGACUUUUCCCUUCUCAAUUUUAA